UCAACCUUCCUUGACUGGCUGAGCUUGUUAGUGGUCACGCCCGUACCUGUUGACUAGCACAGGGACUAAGACACCUGUCAGACAGAGAAAUACUUUUCCUCUGCUCACACUGACGGACACACUGAUCGCAAACUCGAUAAAACUGGGUGGACGUUUCUCUGCUGGAUAUAAAGUAAAAGUAGGUGGCCUGUCAAGAUAACAGAACAAAGACAAGAUAGAAACAUCUAGAACAAGCAUGUCAAAAGAAGGGGGAAAAGCAUCCGUGUUCCGUACCACCAAAGUGCGGACCAGGCUGAGGGAUGACAGCAGCUGGAUGCAGCAGCGCCAAGAAGCGCAGGCUCAAACCGAAGAAGAGAAACCAUGGUUAGCAGAAGUAAGGGCCAGACGUUUGAAUGGAGACACUGUUGAGACCAGUCCAGUGUCGUCACCGACAACAUCCACUUCGCCACCCACCAAGUCUGACGGCGAAAGAUCACCAACACCAGGGUUCCUGAUCAGAGGCGUUUUCACUAAACUAGACAAGCCUGCUCCACCCGUAACAACUAACGGCGUUAGUGUUACGACGACACAAUUCACCAAAAAACCUUCAGAGAGCUACAAGAAAAUAGCGCCGCACACUGUGAGGCCCACUCAAGAGAAGCAGGAGGACCAGCUUAGCAAUGAGGAGCUGCAGAAACGGACGGAGGCAGCCAGCAAUGUACUGAAGAAAUCUGCAAUCAGGCAACGGUCUUUUGUGCUCUCUGCUGCUAAGAAAUUUGAGUCUCAAGAAACGGCGUCUGACACCUCAUUGGUCAACAGCAGUCCAUCAUUUGUGGCUAAAAGGGUGGAGAUUUCUGAUGACGAUGAGAGUGCUGCUACUCCAGCACCUGCCAGCACCACACCCCCCUCCCCUGUCGUCCCCGUCACAUCUGCUGCCUCCGCGCCUGAGCCCAAAGCACAGAACAUAGUCGACACCAGUGUUAAGACAGCUGUUGAUGCAACUAUUAAUAAGCCGGUGGCACCAAAGGUGGAGAAGGCCGCCCCAGAGCCUGUGAAGAAAGACCCCCCUCCAGUGUCUGUUGCAGUGAAAGACCCAGUUGAAGGCAUGAAACCAGGGUGCACCAAGGUGGCCACUCCUCUCCCUGAACUCAUCCAGGCAGUCUGUACUGAGCCAAAACCCAAGGAUUCAGACAUUUCUGGGCUGGUUGACACACCUCUGGUUAAACUCACCCCAGCAUCACCAACUCCAAUAUCACUUACUCCAGCAUCCCCUGCCCCGGCCUCAACCGUCCCACUUUCACCUGCCCCAGUGCCUGCUGUAACAGGGAUCACAGUGAAGGCUGAACCAGAAAUAGCACCAAAACUGUCUCCAGAGCCACGAGUCGACACCAGUGUUAAGACAGCUGUUGAUGCAGCUAUUAAUAAGCCGGUGGCACCAAAGGUGGAGAAGGCCGUCCCAGAGCCUGUGAAGAAAGACCCCCCUCCAGUGUCUGUUGCAGUGAAAGACCCAGUUGAAGUCAUGAAACCAGGGUGCACCAAGGUGGCCACUCCUCUCGCUGAACUCAUCCAGGCAGUCUGUACUGAGCCAAAACCCAAGGAUUCAGACGUUUCUGGGCUGGUUGACACACCUCUGGUUAAACUCACCCCAGCAUCACCAACUCCAAUAUCACUUACUCCAGCAUCCCCUGCCCCGGCCUCAACCGUCCCACUUUCACCUGCCCCAGUACCUCCUGUAACAGGGAUCACAGUGAAGGCUGAACCAGAAAUAGCACCAAAACUGUCUCCAGAGCCACGCUCCAAUGUUGACACGCUCACCACCUUGUCCGAUACUCUCAUUUCUUUCGGCACAAGUUCAACCAGCUUUAAGGAUGAUGAGCCAGUGCUGGCAAAGAAAAAAGAAGGCUCAGCGGACAGUUGCACCACAAAGGACGGUGUUAAAAAGGAGCCAGCUCCAGAGCUCAGCAACUGUAAAGCAAUGACAGAUGAUCUCCUGGCUCUCGCUGAUGGUCCAGAGAAGACAGCCGAGCCUGUUCCCCCCAGCCCAGGACGGUGGAGUCAGGAUCUGCUUGGCGGACUAGACAGUAAGUCAACCCCAGCAAAGACCAGCAGCAGCCUGGAUCUCCUGGCUAAUGACGUCAUUCCAAUCAAAACAGAGGCACGCAGCCUCAGCAUGCAGCGAACGGAGAAACAGACAGUUGAGACAGCCAAAGAAACACAAAGCUCCACAGAGACAGUCACUAUAACCACCAAAACUGUGAUCAUUACUGACAAAAGCGAAGUGGACAGCGCAGAUCCAUGGAGUUCACAUUUGAAGACCACAGUCACUGAAUCAAGCUCAGCUGAUCCGUUUGAUCCAUAUCCGAUAGGGACCACAUCCUCUAACAGCUCCUCUGACCUGCUCAAGCCUCUCGCUGAUAUUUCCAUCAACAGUGUGUCACCUACUUACAUGAAGAACAAAGAUCCAAGUCCAAAAACCAAUAUUAGCAGUAAUGCGUUGGAAUCCCUUGCAGACAACGUCAUCCCUAUCAGCACUGGCUCCACAAGGCCCAGCUCUCAGCGGUCAUGGGCACGCACAUGGGAAACCAGCACACCUCAGCAGGCGAACACAGAAGAGAGCGAAGAAGAUGUGCCAGGAGGCCAAACUGUAGAUCAACAGACGAUAAUCACGUUUGAGAGAAAGUCCAAGGAGAAUGCCUCCCCUUGGGACAGGUGGACAUCACCCACUGUCUAUACGGUCACUACCACUAGAGGAGAGGAAGAUGAGGGGGAGGAGGAGCAGGAGGAGGAGGAGGAGGAAAGCCCCGAGGAUACACAGACAGAGACAGUCACAACCAUCACCACUAUCAGGGAGAUACACAGUAAUCCACAGCCCGCCAUGGAUCGUUAUGAAACCUAUUCCAGGGUCGUGAUAGAAGAAGAAGACCGGCGUGUCCAAACACCAGAACCCGAGGCCAAAAAGGGGUUUGUGUACGUAAAGGAGUAUGUCAAUGCAACAGAGCUGUCCUUGCAUAAUGCCAGAGACGCCAUCGAUGGUGUGUCGGAUUAUUUGACAUCAAGCUUUGCCAGUUCCUCCUACAGCAGUCCUUCCUUUUACUCCAGUGGCACGCUGUCAUCCGCCUGUACCUUCUGCGGAGAGCCAGUGGACGGUGAUGCCAAGAUCACCAUCGAGCACCUCAAUAUCAACUGCCACCCCACCUGCUUCAAGUGCGGUGUGUGUAGUAAGCCAAUGGGAGACCUUCUCGACAGUAUGUUCCUACAUGGUGGGAAAGUCCACUGCGAGCGCUGCUACAGCAAAGCCUUGGACUGAUUAUCAAAGCUCUUCAGCAGCCUCUUAUCCUCAGCUCCUUCCCUUCAUGUUCAUUUGCAUAUAAAUUGAGAACCGACAAAGUUUGGACUGCGUUUGGUUUGAACUCAAGAAUGAUGUGGUUUAAGGUGAUCAAAAAGACAGUUAUAGUGAACAAUAUGGCUACUUAAUGUUGAUUCUUACAUUAGGUUAAAUUUCUAUGUUAUACAAGCUUGUGUUGUUGUUUUUUUCCUGGUGGUGAAAGCUGUAUCUGCCUCAGUAAACUAUGAAGGAUAUGUCUGUACAACAUGAUGUGCUACAUAUAACUGUGAACAGACUAAUACUGGGAAGUGGGGUGUUAUAUUUUAGGAACAGCAGUUAUGCAAGAAAAUGACUUUAUUACAAAAUGUUUACUUCUUUUGCUCUUCAUUCUACAAAAUAGUGUGUUCACAUGUAUGAUGCUUUGUUAAAAAAAUAAAAUGAUUUAUAGAAUCCUGGUA